AUGGGUAACAAGCAGAACAAGGCGACGCCGAGUCCUAUGCUGAAGGUGGAGUCCCGAGCCCUGUCCUGCUUCGACGAACAGGAGCGCCCCCGCAAGGGCAUCCCGCGCCGCAUCGGCAACGUUCUCCUCACGCGAUGGAUCGAGCUCAAGCGCCGCGAGAAGGCCGUGCUGGAGAAGGCGCGGCGGGCGGUGACUAACGGCCACGCCCCGCCGUCCAUCCUCGAGGAGUUCGAGAACGACCUGAAGGAGGAGGAGAGCCAGCACCGCGUCAAGUACCACCCGAGGCUCUUGGCCAAUAUCCUGGUGAGGAAGGCGAAGCCGCGGCCGAGGAGUCGCGCCAGGCUGAGGGUGCCCAAGCUGACCACGACGGCGGCGCGCAGGAUCCACCAGUCGUUCCUGCGGAGGGACCGGGAGAGGCAGCGGGAGGAGCAGGAGCGGAGGGAGGCGUCGGAGAGGACGCGGUCCCGAGUCAGCCUGAGGCAGCAGGCGUGGACGGACACCAUGCCGCGCAAGGCCGCGUCCUCGGCGACCUCCCGCGCGACGCAGACGAUCGCGCAGCCGCUGCCCUUCAGCAGGGACAUCAGCCUGCGCUCCUUCCGCACGGCAGAGUCCUCCGGGAUUGGCAUGUCUCGCGCCUCCUCCAUGACCUCUAUCGCGAGCUCGAGGCCGAGGGCGCUGUACACGCGGGAGAGGCAGAAGGCAGUACGAAACCUGCUGUUUUCAAAUCAAGGUAGACAUAGUGUGAAGACACGCCGGUCUAACAGGUCCCACAUCGCCACAGCUUACAAACAGGUAACAAAGAGUGGUAUUUGUGUCCAAGAAGCGCACACUGCCCGUAGGACUGCAGCAGCACGCUCGCUCACACGCGCUAAGAACCGCUGUGCCGCCACGGUCCAGCAGGCAGGCUACUCCCUUCCGGAGGGAGAUGGGGGCAGACACGACCAGCAGGAGCGAAGCAGCAGGCUCGAGAAGGGGGAAGCCAUCACCAGGAGCAGGUCGUCGCAGAGCAGGCGGGAGAGGAUAGUAGCACAGAGGCGUAACCUCCGCAAGCAGAAAAUGCAUUCGUCGACGCCGCAGCUGCCUCGAGGCGAGUCGAGGCGGGGCGAGAGGGAGGAGCGUCCUCGAGGAAGUCUGGACUCCUCGCGGCUCAUUCAAGACCAAGGGACGUCGAGGAGGAAGACCGGCUCGGAAUCCUCCCGGAACGCAGGACUUCAGCAAGACAGAGCAAGAGAGGUGGGAGAGAGAACGCCUCGGCGACGACCCUCUGCCCAGCAGCCAACACCAGAGGAGGACGAAGCGCCGUCCUCAAGGCGGGGACGAGAAAGCUCGCAGAACCAAGAAAGCGGAAAAGACGAACAGAAAGGGCUAGCGUUUCCCAAGCUGAAGACCAUCAGUUACCAAGCCUACUGGCGGAAGAGAGCCAUGGCGAAUCGAGCGCUGACCAAGGGCAAAGAUGACACGGCAAAAUUCCGCUUGCCCAAAGGAAGCAUCACGAAGCAGCAAGAAGGUGAACCGGACCGGAACUCUUCUCCAGAACCCAAUGGCAGCGGGAGGAAAACCGUCCGUCAGCAGAUCCGCGAAAGACGAGAGCAAACGCCGACGACGCAAAAGGCAAGCGCAGGAACGUCAGUCAGUCAGUGGCAGGAAGAGCUCAGCACAAGGAGAGACAGCGUGUCCUCGGAUAAGCGGCCGCCAUAUUCCUUCUGCCAGCGAGGAAAGCGAUUCCGGGACGUGGCGGAGGAAUUCCUUCAGGCAGGCAGAGGGGCUCGGAAUUCCCGGAAGGUCGAGAUGAACGAACUGCCAAAGAUCAGCCAACAAAUAAGACGGGUCAGCAACGCAAGCCAACAGAGGGACAAUCCGGUAGAUCAAGAGAAGGCAAGAGUUGUUGCUUCUUCCAGUGACAGCGGAGAACACACGACGAAGCACAAAUACGUCCAGAGCACUGGUGAAGUAUUUUCUGGGAAUACAAAACCAGACCAAAACUACAAUCAACAAACUCAUUUCCAUUCAGAUGAGCGAAAAGAAGCCACCAACCUCAAAGACGAAAACGUUGCCUCCAAACAAAGACAGCAUCGUAGCACAUCCUACCAAAGGGAAAGGACAGAAGACUAUCCCCCUUCGGACGCCCAGCCUGGUCCCUCGAAGGAAACCACGACUUACUCGGUCAGGGGGGAAAGCGUCAGGCAUUCUCAGAGUCAAACAUCCACAGAAAAUGCACGACAGAGCGGAAACUACCGUGAGGAAAGCCAAGGAACGUCUCGCCAGAUCACGAAACACGAAUGCAUACGGAACGAAGAAUCCCGAGGAGAUACUGAGCAUACAGGGCAGUCCUCCUACCGUGACGAUGUGCACGGGAGGCAGUCUCAUAACCAAGGGCCUAACAGACAAGCCAUUGAUCGGGAACAGGUACAGGUUGAACCAGUCAUUAAUGAUAAUCAUGCGAGUCCCGGUCUGACCCUCAGUCAUGAUCGUAGACUCAUAAAAUAUUCCGGUGGCCAUGAUCGAAAUCAUGAGCCUAUUGGUAAUCACCUCGACUAUGAACACGACAAUAAACAAACGGGGCCGACCCGAGGCCACGGAAUAGACAGAGGACACAAUACACACCCUCACAUCCGUGAACACGACCAGAAACAUUUUGGAGAAUCUACUGCCUAUGAAAUACCCAGACAGGAAAUGCCGUCCAUAGCGAGCACCCGACGCCACAUGGAAAAAUAA